CAGAUCUCUUAUACGUAAAAAAUGAAGAUUUAUUGCAAAAGGGUCAUAAAACUUUUUUUUUUUUUUUUUUGUAAAGGACCAAAAAAACCAUUUCUUCCGUUCGAAUCUCAUUUACGUAAAUAUUUAUUAAUCCCUUUUGCAGAAAGAAGUACAGAUGAUGUAAAACCAAAAUUAAUAAGGACAAUAUAUAUUCCUCAAUCAAAUUGUUUUCUAUAGAAAAUCUGAUAAAUUAGAAGUAAACAACAAAUCCCCUCAGGUUACAUACGUAACCGCGUUUCUUUUUCUCCUUAGAUUACUACAAGUAGUUUCAAUGAAACAACUAAAGAAAGAGGCCUAUAAAAGGUGUAAUGAUCUGUAUACUUAAGCAUAACAAGGGAAGAAGAUCUGGUACAUAAAAUAAAAGCUUCACGUUUUUCAUUUGUGUAGGAUUCAAUUAAUUCUCAAUAUCUUGAAAUAUUGAAUUUAAAAGCAUAUAGUUUAUUUGAUCAAAUGGAUAAAGUACCCGAUCAAAUGGCAUAUGGGGUACCUGUGGCACCCCUAGUUAGUGUUGUAGGGGAUUGUUUUUGUGUACCUUAUCAGAUUGACUUGAUUGUGAAGAAAAAGAUAAGAGGAGUCACAGAUGCACAUAUUGAUGUAUUAGAUAUCACUGGUAAUUUGCUUUUCCAACUUGAUGGCAGUCUUUGGCAACUUAACAAGAAAAGAAUCAUGCGUGAUCCAGCAGGCCUUCGAAUUCUCACCAUGAGGGAAAAGGCAAUGACAUGUCGACACAGGUGGACAGUUCAUGGAGGGGAAAGUUCAGAUGCAAGCCAUAUGCUGUAUAGCGUGCAGCGAUCUAAUGCCCUUCAGAUGAAAACUCGACUAGAUGUUUUCUUGCCAAGCAAUGCCAUUGAAGAUGUCCCUAAUUUCCAAGUUAUUGGAUCUUAUCAUUCUCACUCAUUCAAAGUGUACAGAGACCAAACUCUUCUUGCUGAGGUGAAUGACAACUUCAAACUAGGAAGCUUUCUAUGGAAAGGCAAGGAAAGCUUUCAAGUCAGAGUUUAUCCUGGAGUGGAUUAUGCAUUUAUCAUCGCACUUCUUGUGAUCCUUAACGAAAAUGAUGUCUAGAAGACGUGUUAUAUGUGCUUGUAAUUGGUAGUCUUUUUGGUGGCUUCUUGUGAUACUUCAAUCUACUUGUGUGAGAGAGGAUGCGAAUAUAUUUAGUCCUACUAAAUACGGAGUUGCGAUUGUUCUUGAUGACACGUGUCCUUACAUUCAGAAAGUUUUAAUUAUGUCCAUUCUAUUUGUCUCACAAGUAUUCCCUCCGUCCAA